CCCAGUUUAGUUGAUUUCCGAUUGCGAGCGAAACAGAAACUUGGUUAGAAAACCUAGGCAAAAAAAUGAGCUGCGGCACAAAAACCCUGAAGGUGUCUUCCUUCGUUUUGGACUUCCUCUGUUGUGUUUUGGCGGCAUUGACUAUAGCGGCCUGUUCCUAUGCCCUGAUCGCCUUCAGCCACAGCCUGGCAAUCCGGGUGCCCUGCAUCUUGGGCGUGGUCCUGGGCGCCUUGCUCUUCUGCAGCACCAUCUUCGGCUGCAUAGCCGCUCUCAGGGAGAGUAUCCGCAUGACCUGGAUCUUUGCUGCUAUGGUUUUGGCCCUGGUCUGUGGACAAAUCACAGUGAUAUUCGCCCAGCCUAUCAAUUUCAAGUUGCUGGCCAAUGAAACGAUAUACAACGCUUGGCAGGGACAACUGUAUCACCUGGGGGGCAUGCCCUAUUAUGAGAUAAAAUACCAUUGCUGUGGACAAACAGGUCCUUCCAACUAUCCGGACAGCGGCUUGAAAAUUCCCCAGAGUUGUUACUUUAAUCAAAAUGCGACGGUGAGCACGGAUCUCUAUACGGUAGGAUGCAACCAGAAACUGGGUGAGGCCUUCAUCAAGGGAACUCACUGGGAGCGCAUUAGCGACUGGUCCGUGGUUGGUGUGGAGAUACUUACCGUCAUUGUGGCUGGCCUUCUGGCCAUAACUUUACAGAAUGCAGAGCGACGUAGGCUAUACCGUUAAAAAAAAACUAUCAUUAGGAUAUCUAUAAACAGUAUUAGAAACUGUACAAAAAUCAUUGUAAAUAGAGAAUAUAUUGCUAA